AGACUUCCAUAGAAUCAGAGAGAGAUGGAUUUUCUGGUCACUAUGCUGGCCCUAUUGUUUGCCUUCACUUUGAUUCAAUCCCUUCUCUCACUAGCCACAGGAGGAAGCAAAAACAGAAAGCUUCCACCGGGACCAGCCAAGUUUCCGAUCAUCGGAAACCUGAACAAACUAGGUGAUCUUCCCCACCAGUCCCUGGCGGAGCUAGCCAAGACACACGGCCCAAUCAUGUCUCUAAAAAUAGGCCAAAUCACCACAGUAGUCAUUUCGUCAUCAGUCACAGCCAAAGAAGUCCUUCAAAAGCAAGACUUGGCCUUCGCUAACCGAGCCAUCCCUGACGCCGCCCACGCCAGCAACCACCACCAACACUCCGUCGCAUGGUUACCCGUCGCCUCCCGGUGGAGAAACCUCCGAAAAAUCAUGAAUUCCAACAUUUUCUCCGGCAACAAGCUCGAUGCCAACCAGCAUCUCCGCCGUACUAAGGUGGAGGAGCUCAUAUCCUACUGCCGUAGAAGAAGCCAGGGCGGCGUCGCCGUGGACAUAGGCCGAGCCGCUUUCAGGACUUCCUUAAAUAUGUUGUCCAACACCAUUUUUUCUAAGGAUAUGACCGACCCAUUUCAGGAUACGGCCAAAGAGUUCAAGGAUUUGGUGUGGAACAUCAUGGUGGAGGUUGGUAAACCUAACUUGGUGGAUUUUUUUCCUUUGCUUAGAAAGAUUGAUCCACAAGGUAUAAGGCGUCGAUUGACUGGUUAUUUUGAGAAGGCACUGAAAGUUUUUGGGGGUUUGAUCGAUGAACGAUUAGAUAUAAGGAGAUUGCAGAAGACCGAAAAGGGUGAUGUGUUAGAUGUUCUUCUCAAUACCAUUGAAGAAAACCCUCAAGAGAUGGAUAGAACUCAAAUCGAGCACGUUUUCUUGGACCUAUUUACUGCGGGGACAGAUACAACUUCAAGCACAGUGGAAUGGGGAAUGGCAGAACUAAUGAAAAAUCCCGAGGCCAUGAAGAAAGCCAAGGCUGAGCUUCAACAAACCAUCGGCAAAGGCAAGCCCAUAGAAGAAGCAGAUGUAUCUCACCUACCUUACUUAAGAUGCAUCAUGAAAGAAACCCUAAGGUUACACCCAGCAGCUCCAUUCUUAAUUCCUCGAAAACCCGAAACCGAUGUUGAAGUCUGUGGCUAUACAGUCCCCAAGGGGUCACAAGUGCUGGUGAAUGCAUGGGCCAUCGGCCGUGAUUCAUCUGCAUGGGAGAAUCACUUGGCAUUUGUGCCCGAGAGGUUCUUGGCUUCAGAAAUUGAUUUCCGAGGCCAAGAUUUUGAGCUCAUUCCGUUCGGUGCUGGACGGAGAAUAUGUCCCGGAAUGCCGUUGGCAAUCAGGAUGAUCCCGGUGAUGUUGGGUUCGCUUAUAAACUCGUUUGACUGGAAGCUUGAAGGUGAUGUUGCACCAAAGGAAUUGGACAUGAAGGAGAAGUAUGGCAUCACCUUACAGAAGGCUCAUCCUCUUCGGGCUGUCCCAAUUCCAAUCCAUACUUGAAGUUGCUAGUAAUUUUUCGUGGAGUUAACUUUGGGAUGGCCGGUAUGUACUCAGGACGUUUGAGUUCAACUCUCAUUGUGUUUCAUGGACUUAUCUUAUAUCUAUAAUUUAUAAUUCGUAUGUGAUAUAUUGUAUGGAUCCGAAAUUUACUCUCGAAUAAUUAGGUCAAAAGGAUUUAUGGGUCCCGUGAAAGCUAGUUGAAAUAGAGAGGACCAUAUAUUCGGGAAGAAGAGGACAAUAGUUUUGGCAGUGCUUAUUACUGGUUCAACAUAUAUAUAUAUAUAAAAAUAAAACACUACAAGAAUUAUGGAUUUUU